AUGCAUUUUAAACGAGAAGGAAGAGUUUCAGCAAUCGGUUUAUUACGUAUGGAAAAUGAAAAUGAGAAGGAAUUGUUUUCUAUAUCAGAACAGAUAAGAUUUAAUUACACCCAAAAGCCUUUCUUGAAAUUUCCUACCUACACCCUUCAGCGGCUAUUAGACUUAAAAAAGCCAAAACUUUGUUGA